CUCGAGUACUCCUUCCCGUGCUGAAGCAAUAGGGAAAUAGCUAUAAUAGCUAUGUCGGCAAACAAGCGCAGCAAAAAGGCCGCGCAGACCGACCUGCUUCGUCCAUUCCAGAAAGGUUUCACUGCUCACAGCUGCACCGAGCAGAGCGAACACAAGCGUAGCCUUCACCAAUGCAACCAUCGCAGCUCGCGCACGUCUGUUGACUGAAGAAAGACCAAGACAGAAAGAGGGUCCCAACCUGUUGUUGUUGUGUGUUCAUGUUUCGAGCUCAAGCACGUGAUUUUGGGAAUAUUUUGCGCGCAUGCGCAUAGCAUUAAAAGGUGAGUUUUGAUUGCAGCUGCAUGCGAUAACAAUGGACGAGCUAAUAAAAACUUUCGAGGGGCGACAGGAGGAGGAGGAACCGGCAGAUGUGACAGGGCUCCUAGCUGCCCACGUUGCUGCAAUGCACACCAUUAGAGACGACACACUUGAAGGCUCUAUUGCGGACUUGCUGCAGCUGAGAAUGAGGUUCCGAGACCGCACAAAACACUUCUCGUUCUCCAGCUCGGACCGUGAAGGCAGCCUCGAUUGUGGCGCCACGAAACACAUCCCAAUCCAGGCACUACCACAGCCACCCACUGUUUGCUCAGUCCUGUGUAUUAUUCAUAUACUGCUUUUUCUGUUUCAAAGUUUCAAUGAUAUAUGUGUCUGUUUGCCUUCCCACAUGUGUCUUGUCAUCAUCCAGUUGUCCAAGGAGAGCGAGUCUCCCGAGAACUGGCUGAGUGUGGAGUUGGUGAUAAGGUCACCUCUGCUGCAACAGGAGAUGUCAACAGUUCUAGCCAAAGCUUUGCUUCACAUCCACACCAUAAUGCACGUGAGAGCCAUAAGCCCAUGCUUACACUUAGAAAUCGUGGAAUAUCUGUGCACAUCUUGGCUUAUGCAGACAGACGCAACAUUGCACCUAAAUAAAUUAUGAAGGUGUGUGCAUGCAAACAGACACAUGUGGUACGUGCACACACACACACACACACACACCAUAAACACUAGGAUUCUCCCCUUUUGGGCGAGGUGGAAUUAAAGGAAACGUCAGGCGAGUCGUUUGCAGUCCUCACUGCAGAAUUUGUGUUCACCUACGGGAUGUUUGGAUAUGGAGAAUCUUUUCAGUUACACCAUCAUGUAAGGAGACCAGGCCACUUUCUGCAUCAUUCGAUGUUCCCGCGAAUCCAGCCCCCUGAGAGCCGCACUGAUGCAAAUGGUAUGCUUGUCCCUCUGCCACUCCAUCAACCAUCGUUCAUUCCUUUCCAGCAAAGAACAGCUCCAUCUAACCAGGAAGGCUCUAGUUUUACCCCAAGCUUUAGACCAACGCUACUCAUGUCAAAAAUGACAAGACUGGGCUCUCUACAUGCUGAGUACAAGAAAAAGAAGAACCGGCAGCAAAAACUAGCAUUUCUGCAAGAGGUGGUCUGGAAAAAGAAGUCCUCCGACCCAUACGACAUUCAAGUCACAGCGAGAAACCAGAGACCUUAGGCACACUUCAUGCUUGCAUUAGUGGGUGUGUCACUCACGCGUAAUAAUUGCAGACGCCCACGUACGCCGUACCACACACGCGCGGACGGCUGCCCGAUCGCGAGACGUCGCUUUUUGCAGCUUUUUUUCAGCAUGGCGGGGGCCAUGAACUAUACAGAGGUGACGGAGAGAACGAGGGAGACGGUUAUGAGCUACGCACAAGAGCAGUGGCCCGUGAUCAAGUCGUCAAGCGGUGUUGAGGUUUCUUUCUAUGAGAACGCGAACACCGACACACCUGCAAAAGUGUUCAAGGCAGUGGGAAUUGUCAGAGCACCUCCGGCUACUACUUUCGAGUACAUUCUGCCCGGUGCACUCAGAUUGCACUGGGACAAGCAAGUCAAGUCAUGUGAGAUUGUGACUAUAGUGGAAGAGGGCACAGCAAUUCUGCGAACUCUUUCCAACGGAGCAGCUAUGGGUCUCAUUUCUCCCAGGGAGUACCUGGACCUGGUUACCAUUAGUAGGAACACUGAGACGGGUCUCCAUUUAUCAUACUCCACAGGUAUUGAAUAUCCAUACCCUGAGGACCCUAGCUACGUGAGGGGCCUCAACCACCCCAGCACCAUGAUGUGCUUCCCACUAGACAGUGAUCCCAACUCUACGAAGCUAGUCUAUGCAUUCCAGACGGACCUGAAGGGAAAGAUCCCUCCUAAACUGAUAGAUGCCACACUACCGUCAAUACAAGUCACCUUCUUCAAGAACCUGAGGAAAGCUAUAAAGGAAAGAACAAGGGAAAAGACUGGGAAAACAUGCAUGCUAUGAUCAUCACUUGAUUUUGCACUUUUCCCCAGAUUUAUGGUCCAAAUUUGUAAUUCCCACUAUUUAUGCUACUUAUGUACUAUAUAGUCAAAGUUGAUGAUUUUUACAAGAGACAACAUGGGUAUGCGUUGGUGGUGGUGGUGCGAGAUUGUGAGGGUGUGAAGAUGGGAAGUGUGUUUUGUCACUCUCAGUGAACUGUGUGCGAUAGUCGGACAGCUCCAGCGAUCUAGAGCGCCUCACUCUCGUCACAAAGUGCUGGGCCAUGUCUUCAUCACACGACCACACACUGCAGUACCCAGGCAGUGACGGGGUGGGCUCUCUUGUCAUGGGAGUCGUUACGGACCUUUGCUGGUGUCUUGCCAGCUCUCGCUCAGUUUUAAAUUCCGCAUCCUUUAGGUGUUUCCAGGUGUUGAAGGCCACCUCUGAUCUGUGUAGUCUCUCUCUCACCUCUUCCCUCUUUAGCCGCUCCAACUCCCUCUCCCUAGAGAGCUGCUUCUUCAUCAGUUUGUCUUCAGCUUGUUUCAUCUUCAACCAUCUUUCAAACGCUUUUUGUCCGAUGCCUCUUAUUCUCUCCCUCUCCCACGCU